AUGGCCAACGUUUUCAUCCAGCCCCCGGCUCACUUCGAACCUGGUGACACUCCUCAGACCGCAUGGGAAGAAUGGCGGGAAGCAUUCACCAUAUAUGAACUGGCUUGUGAGUACAACACUAAGCCUAAAUCAGCGCGGAAGGCAUUGUUGCUUCAUGUACUUGGCCCGCAUGCUCGUCGCAUCGCGCAGACGUUCCCUCCAGACCCUGCCGCCGGAAACGAAGACGCAGACCCAGUGGAAUACAUACUUGACAAGUUUGACGAGUUGUAUCGCCCGUACAAGAACGUCAUACAAGCAGCGGCGGUGUUCAACUCGAUGGUACAAAAGCCAGGUCAGUCCAUUGACGAUUUUGUUACUGACCUUCGACGACAGGCGCAGAAAUGCGACUUCGGUGACAAGUGCGACAGACUCAUCGGCGAUCGCGUGGUGGUUGGAAUCCGCGAUGGAGCUCUCCGCGAACGGCUCUUUCGGGAGCGCGACCUCACUCUGGAAAAAAUCGUCUCAGCGUGCAAGGCAGCGGAAAUAUCAAAGAAACAUGUACAAGAGAUCGGAACCAGUGAUCAGCAGCCAGAAGUGAAUGCCGUUCACACGUAUAAUCGGAAACCCACGAAGACAACUGGUCGUCCGCUAGGUAUCAACAAGCCUCAGCAGCCUCAUCGCUCGUCCCAAAGGUCUAAUCGUAAAUGUUCUCGCUGCGGAACCUCGCAUCCCCCACAACAGUGCCCAGCUUUUGGCAAAAACUGUUACAACUGCGACAAACUUGGCCAUUUCGCGCACGUGUGCAAGCAGUCACGUCGGCAGACACCAGCGCAUCGACCGCGAGUCGGACUGCUUCAUGAGCAACCACAACAAGACUCGCAGGAGGAAUUAUACUUGGGCUGUUUGACUACGUGCAGUGUCAAUGUCGACGCAACAGACUGGAGCGAACGUGUCAGUGUUAAUGGACACGAGGUGACAUUCAAGUUAGACACCGGUUCGGACGUCAACAUAAUUCCAGAAAAUAUGUUCAAGCAGUGGCCGUGCAGACCAGCAACCAAACCAACCACAGCUAAAGUGACUACGUACAGUGGCCACCAGCUUCCAAUAGACAGUGAAUGUGAACUGUCUUGUGCGGUAAACAACAGGGAGUGCCGUCUGAGAUUUCUGCUGGUGAAGGAGCCCCUCAAGCCGAUACUAGGGGCCGCUGCAUGCUCAACUCUGCACUUGCUUUCCCGUGUGAAGACCCUUCAAGCAACGACAAAGUCCACUGACACAGUGUUGCAAGAACAGUUUCAGGAAGUACUGAAUGAUUUCCCUGACAUAUUUGAAGGAAUCGGCCAGCUUCCGGGACGUUAUAGCAUCCAGUUGCGUGAAGGUGCAGUGCCGACAGUUUGUGCUCCUCGCAGAGUACCUAGUGCACUCGAGGAUAAGGUCAAAGCAGAGCUGAAGCGCAUGGAGAAGAAUGGCAUAAUCACGCGAGAGUCAGAACAUAGUGAAUGGGUCCAUCCCAUAGUGGUGAUAACCAAAAAAGACGGAACUGUUCGUUUGUGCCUGGAUCCACGGAACCUCAAUGCAGCAUUAAAAAGGCAACACUACCGCAUACCAGUACCAGAAGAGCUUUUUGCAAGCCUGAAUGGCUCAACAGUCUUCUCUGUCCUUGAUGCCAAGAGUGCUUUCUGGCAACUGACUUUGGAUCAACCAAGUUCACGGCUUUGCACAUUCGCAACACCAUGGGGCCGUUACCGUUUUCUUCGAGUACCAUUUGGGCUUGCGACAGCCCCCGAGCUGUUCCAGCAGGCCAUUGACAAGGUAUUUGAAGGGCAGGCCAUUGUGAAGCCAUAUUUUGAUGACAUACUGGUUGCCUCAAGGACUCCAGAAGAACACAAAGCCCAUCUCAGAACUGUUCUGACCAUAGCUAGACAAAACAACCUGAAGCUUAACAAAUCAAAACUGAAGUUAGGACUUUCAGCCAUAAAAUAUCUGGGUCACCAGCUCUCCUCAGAUGGGCUAUCCCCAGACCCUGACAAGGUCAGAUCAAUUGAGGCCAUGUCACUUCCAUCAAACAAGUCAGAACUGCAAAGAUUCUUAGGAAUGGUGACAUAUCUCACGAAGUUCAUCCCUAAUUUUUCGGCAACUACCAGUCCUCUGCGUGAGCUUCUCAAGGCAGAUGUAGCGUGGCACUGGACAAGCCAGCACACAGAGACUUUCAAGCUCAUCAAACAGAAGCUCACAACAGCGCCUGUGUUGCGUUAUUAUGACCCAUCCAAGCCGAUCACAAUUUCAACAGAUGCCAGCUCAUAUGGCCUGGGAUCGGUUCUCUUGCAGGAAGGCAGGCCAAUCGCAUAUGCUUCUGCAGCCCUUACACCUCCCCAACAACGUUAUGCUCAAAUAGAAAAAGAACUUCUAGCUGUAGUGUUCGCAUGCGAGCGGUUCCACUAUUACACUUAUGGACGCUCUGUAACAGUGGAAACAGACCACAAACCUCUUGUUGGACUGCAGACAAAGGAUCUAACAAAAAUGUCACCUAGACUGCAAAGACUUUUGCUCCGGCUACAGUGCUAUAGCACUGAACUAGUGUAUGUACCGGGGAAACAGCUAACUGUGGCUGAUGCCUUGUCAAGAUCCCCAAACCCCGAAUCCAAGAUGGAAACUGCAGACAGUGAUCCAGGACUGUUGGUGUCCAGUCUGGUACAAGCGUCGCCCACCAAGCUCAACCAGAUCCAGGAAGCAACAAGUCGGGAUCCAGUAUUGCAACAACUAACCAAGUACAUUCAACAAGGAUGGCCUGAUCGCCCUAGUGAUGUUCAUCCGAUGGCAAGACCAUACUUUCACAUAAGAAGUGAACUGUAUAUCACAGACGGCUUCAUUUGCUGUGGUCAACGGCUUGUCAUUCCAGCAGUUCUCCAGGCUGAUGUUCUUGAGAAACUCCAUCAGGCACAUCGUGGCAUAGUGGCUUGUAAAAAACUAGCAAGCCAGAGUGUUUAUUGGCCCACACUCAACAAGGACAUUGCCACCCUUGUCUCAAGCUGCGACACCUGCCAAUCCAACCAGAAGGCAAACCCUCAGCAACCAUUGCUUGACAGAGAUCUGCCAGCACGACCAUGGGAAAAGUUGGCCGUUGAUUUCUUUCACUGUCAAGGCAAUACAUAUAUCCUUGUUGUUGACUACUUUUCAAAGUACGUUGAAGUGAAACGUAUGGAAACCACUACGGCAACUUCAGUUAUUUUAGUCCUGAAGGACAUCUUUUCACGGUUUGGACUCCCCAAUGUGCUUAUCUCUGAUCAGGGACCACCGUUUGACUCGCAGGCAUUCAGAGCAUUCCUGCAAGAAUGGGAUAUUGCUCAUGAACCAUCAUCACCCCACUACCCGAGGUCCAAUGGGCAGGUCGAGAGAACAAUACAGACUGUUAAGUCCAUGCUGAUCAAGUCGCACAGCGAUGGCAAAGAUCUGUCUUUGGUUCUCCUCAACUACCGUGCCACCCCAACCAUUGGAGCAUCUUCCCCAGCAGAGUUGCUAAUGGGCAGGAAAUUGAGAACGUUCAUACCGACCUUGCCCCAUAAUCUGAAACCACACUACCCCACAGAUGAACAUCAGAAGCUCCUCAAACGCAGACAGAGUGCACAGCACAGAUAUGGAGACAACCACACUCGCAUACUUGCACCUCUGAAGAAACAUCAACCUGUAUGGGUGAGGCACAAGAAUGACUGGAAAAAAGCAGUCGUCACACAGGUUGGUCCUCAACCAAGGCGCUACACAGUGCAAACUACAAGUGGAGCAAUUUAUGUGCGUAACCGUGUGCACCUGAGGCCACGCACCCAGGUGUUCUGUGAAGCCACUUGUACAGCAGAAGACUACACCCUGGAUGAAUCGGGCCGAACAAGUGCCAACGAUCCUACGCCUCACAACUAUCCUGAAGAAGCAAGACAUGCUUCGACAUACGUGACAAGGGCUGGAAGAGCCAUACGGCCACCGGCCAGAUUUCAGAACUGA